CUGUCUGUCAUGUCUCUCUCCCUUCUCUCGGACCUCUCUCAGCUCCCGCAUCUCUUUUCUCAACCGCGAACGUACGCACGCACCCAUCUCCCUUGCGCGAGGAAGACCCCUCAUCGUCGCCAUCUCGUCCUUCUCCCCCUCUGUCCCGUGCUGCAACCCCAGAAAACCCGGAAAGGAACUCCGGCGAGUUCCUAUUUUCCCGGUGAGGUUAUAGGACGAAAUCGAAGCCGGGUGUAAGCACACCCAACUCCGGCGACCUCGGGGGUAUUUACGGCCAUCUCCGGCCGUUCCACGACGAAAGGAAGGUGCAAUUAUUAACGGUGAUUCCGUUAUUUCCUCGUGGUAUAGCUUUGCACCAUCGGUGUACGGACUUAGAAUCGAGGCGUACAAUCCCGGCAUCCAGGCACUUCCGCAUUGGUAUUUUCGAGUCCUCUCGGUGUAGGACCCACUUCUAUGUUCAGUCAAUUUUUACAUUAAUUCUUUUAAUGUUCUAGAUUAAAUGUGUGCUCUGAACACGUUCUUUAAAUGCAUAUUCCUUAUUCUUUUACAUUUAUAAGUUUCAUCUAUCCUUGAUUUUCAACAAUUGCACUCAAUAAAUGGCUUUCGUCACCCUCGGGUGUCGGCCAGCACGUGACCAUCCUGAUAUCCCGAGGAUAUCGGGAUCGGGGCGUGUCAUCUUAUUUGUGACACAUCAUUUAGUUUAAAAUUUUAGUCUUCUUAGUAUUUCUCUUUCAAGAAUGAUGUUAUUAUCACACUUAAUUUUACUUUUCACACUUUAUGUUUGGCAAUCGGAUCAAAUGAAUAAAAUAAAUAAAAAAAUAAGGCCAACAAGGCGGCUUAGAGACACGAGCGUGACGCUGAUUGCCGCUUCUUGCACGACUGUGUUUCGGAUAUUUUCGCCCAGUGCCUCAAGUCUGAUAUUGAAAAAAUUCAUCAUCACAAGGAUCAUGACCAUGACCAUCAUGAUGCUUACUGCUUGGAGAUUACCCAAGCGGCUACCUCUUUGCCUACCACCACUGAUCAUCAUAUGCUGUUCGAAAACAUUGCAAGGAAGGUUUUCCUGCCAGAAUCAUGUUGCUGAGAAGGGGAUGGUAGUGUCUGUAUUAUUGACCAACUGAGGAAGGAGGUUUUGCAGCCCUUGAGAAAAAACUAUGGCGCCAAGGGUUGGGAACCUGCCAACCGGAGGGGCUAUAGAGCGGCGUUCAAGCGAGAGCAAGUGGCUGCUGCCGAUGAGAUCGAUCCCGACGAUUCCGCAUGACAAUCCUGAGCUCGAGCAAGAGGCUGAUGUUAAGUGGAAGAAAAUAGUGGAGGUCUACUCAAAGCAGGGGAAGCUGAAGAAUUGGUUGGCUGUGUGUGAUGUCGACACCACCUUGUCGGCGGGUUUGGCUUUAGGGCUUUUUUUGCCUCAAUUGAGUGAUGAGUCGUGGAAAGGAAAGGUGGUCGCCUACAACAAAAACCCCCGGCUGCAUUCGAUACAAGGCAAGGAUCUUAAUUCGAGGGCCAAAUUUAUGCAGACUUUGAUCAAAAGCCAGGACUGGACGGCUGAUUUCGGGAAGGUGUUCGAUGUGAUUCUAGAAGAGGCAGUGAAUGCGAAUUUGAAGCCAGAUAAGAUGGUCAAGAAGGUGCUAGCCUUGACCACAUACAAACACUUCUUGACAGGCAGCAACUUCAGCUUCUGGGGGGAGACUAAUUACAAGGAAAUAUGGAACAAGUAUAAGGAGAAGGGGUAUGGAGAAGUGGUGCCACACCUAGUCAUUUGGAAUAUGAUCAAACCUGAGUAUUCGGCUGGGCAUUGUAGAGAACCAGAACCAGGGGUGACGUUGUUGAGUGGCUUCUCGUACAAGCUGCUCGAGGUCUUCUUCGAAAAUGAUGGUGACAUCGGCCCCAACCAUGUUAUGGAAGCUGCUGUAUCUGCCCCAGCCUAUCAAACUCUGGCAGUAGUCAACUGACUGACUGACUCGCACACAAAUCACUGGUGGGAAUGUGUUCAUCUAUAUAUUUCUUGGGUCGUAAAAGUUCCUCUCCAGACUAUCACUGGUGUGAAUGCUGUAUCUGCCCCAGCCUAUCAAACUCUGGUAGGCCUUAAGCUUUCAUAUUUUUUGUUAUCCUCUCUCCUCCAUUGUUAUCUUGCUUCCAAGGUUUUUUUUUAUCCUGCAGAUUAAUUGUCAUCUCUUGCUUCUGAAGGUCUUUUUAUUAUCCAUUGUUUCCCAUAUUUUUAAUGGUGGACUGAGCGGUUAAACGCUAUAAUUAUCUAUAUAAUCAUCUAUUUAAGUCAUCAGACUAAUUAGUUUGGUUGCUGAGUGAGUUGCUUAGUUUUUGGAACUUCCAGAUUCCAAACAAAUACUUAUAACUUUGGUUGUGGAACUGAUUUUUCUGUUGUGCUUCUAGUACUAUCAAUUUUUUUUUUU